AUGCUUCAGGUGUGGACAACAGGGGCACUGAGCAGCGAGUUGCCCAAUCCCUUACCCCCAACAGGAAAGCAGAUUGGGGCCACCGAUGAGGAAGAAACCAACCCAGCAGCCAGCAAAAGAAAAAUCAAACUGGAUCUCGCAAGAACCCGUUGCCCAGGUCACAUCACCCACGCUCUGCCCUAUGACAGUGACGACAAAAGAGAGAACGACCAAAUGGUGAGUCGACCCGUUCCACCUUUUUCUCUUGCUACCAAACUCAUAGUCCCUAAGACAGGUGUACAAGUGGAUUUGAAACUGCUAGUGGACUCCGGUGUAUUGUUAGCUUGCCACUUGCUCUUAGAAUGGGUAUACAGGCAAGGCUACAGAAUUUCCAGUGAGGGCAUUGAAAUGGAUCCUGGUAAAGUGAGAGCCAUAAUCGAAUGGCAACCCGCAAAGACUCACAAACAGCUUCAAAGCUUUCUGGGGUUUGUCAACUUUUACCGACAAUUCAUCCCCUCAUUUGCUGAAAUUGCUUUAUCCUUCACAGGCUUGUUAAAAAUCGGCAAAGAUGGUGGAAAGCCACGACCAGGCCAGCUGCUAACAUGGACUAGGAACUGUCAAACUGCUUUCGAAAACCUGAAAAGAUUAUUUGCAGUUGACCUGGUCCUAAAGCAUCCCUGCCCGGGGAAGCCCUUUGUGAUUCAAGCUGAUGCCAGCAACGUGGCCAUCGGAGCUGUACUAUUGCAAAAGAACCAUGAGGGUGUCCUGCAGCCCUGUGCCUACUCCUUGAAAAAGUACACCAACUGCGAGAGAACAUGGGCAGUAUGGGAGAAAGAUGCCUUUGCAAUUCACUGGGCUCUCUUAAACUGGCAGCACUACCUAGAAGGGAACAAGGUGCCUUUCGAACCUUCUAGGGAAUUUGGCCGUUGGAAGGUAAACAACUUAGCUGUUGAAAGAAAGAAUUUUCUUGGUUCCCCGUUGCCUCUUGCCCCUGAAUUUUUCCGAAAUGUAAGGCUGCUAGGACGUAGGCCAACUCUUCAACAGAUCACAGAAAACCUUAUCAAGAAGUAUGGGACCCACUUCCUGCUGUCAGCUACCCUGGGAGGAGAAGAGUCUCUCACAAUUUUUGUGGACAAGCGGAAGCUGAGUAAGAGAUCAGAAACAAGUGAUCCCAGCAUUAACAGUACCACAGUGAAUCUGGAAACACUACACCAAUUGGCGGCCUCUUACUUUAUUGACAGGGACAGCACGCUGAGAAGACUUCACCAUAUUCAGAUUGCUUCUACUGCCAUAAAGGUGACAGAAACCCGGACUGGUCCUCUUGGCUGCAGUAACUAUGACAACCUAGAUUCUGUCAGUUCUGUUUUGGUACAGAGUCCAGAAAACAAGAUUCAGUUGCAAGGUCUUCAGCUUAUCUUGCCCGAAUAUUUGCAAGAAAGAUUUGUGCAGGCAGCUCUGAGCUACAGUGCAUGCAAUUCAGAGGGAGAAUUCAUCUGCAAGGACAACGAUUGUUGGUGUCAGUGUGGGUCCAAAUUUCCAGAAUGCAACUGUCCAUACAUGGAUAUUCAAGCUAUGGAAGAGAGCCUGCUACGCAUCAGUGAGACAUGGAAUACUUACAAUAGUGAUUUCGAAGAUUCAGAUGAAUUCAAGUUCUUUAUGAAAAGGCUGCCCAUGAACUAUUUCCUCAACACAUCUGCCAUUAUGCACUUGUGGACAAUGGAUUCAAACUUCCAGCAUCGCUAUGAGCAACUGGAAUCCAGCAUGAAACAACUAUUCCUUAAGGCACAGAAAAUUGUUCACAAGCUCUUUAGCCUCAGUAAGAGGUGUCAUAAACAGCCAUUUAUCAGCUUGCCAAGGCAAAGAUCCUCUCUCUAUUGGCUAAAUCGCAUCCAGUCCUUCCUUUACUGCAAUGAAAAUGGCCUGCUGGGCAGCUUUUCUGAAGAGACUCAUUCAUGUACGUGCCCGAAUGACCAGCUUGCUUGCCUUGGCUCCCUACCGUGUAGUGUGGGGGAAGGUUCUGCUUGCCUGACCUGUGCGCCCGACAAUCGUACCCGCUGUGGGACCUGCAAUACUGGAUACAUGCUGAGCCAAGGGCUUUGCAAGCCUGAAGUGGCAGAUUCCACAGAACAUUACAUUGGGUUUGAGACUGACCUCCAGGAUUUGGAGAUGAAGUAUUUAUUGCAGAAAGCGGACCGCCGGAUUGAGGUCCAUGCCAUCUUCAUCAGCAAUGACAUGCGUCUCAAUAGCUGGUUUGACCCAUCCUGGCGCAAACGGAUGCUUCUCACCCUAAAGAGCAACAAGUAUAAAUCUAGCCUGGUCCAUAUGAUAUUGGGAAUCUCUCUUCAAAUUUGCCUCACGAAGAACAGCACCUUGGAGCCUGUCCUGGCUGUUUACAUCAACCCCUUUGGAGGCAGCCACUCUGAGAGUUGGUUUAUGCCUGUCAAUGAAAACAAUUUUCCAGACUGGGAGCGGACUAAACUGGACUUACCACUUCAGUGUUAUAACUGGACGCUGACUCUAGGCAACAAGUGGAAGACGUUUUUUGAAACAGUCCACAUCUACUUGAGGAGUCGUAUAAAAUCAAAUGGUCCCAAUGGCAAUGAUAGCAUCUAUUAUGAACCCCUGGAGUUUAUUGAUCCCUCCCGAAACCUGGGCUAUAUGAAAAUCAACAGCAUCCAAGUGUUUGGCUACAGCAUGCACUUUGACCCGGAAGCAAUCCGAGAUUUGAUUUUGCAACUGGACUACCCCUACACUCAGGGAUCCCAGGACAGUGCACUCUUACAGCUACUAGAGAUACGGGACCGUGUAAAUAAACUUUCUCCUCCUGGUCAGCGUCGUCUAGAUCUUUUCUCAUGCCUACUGCGUCAUAGACUCAAACUUUCUACCAGUGAAGUGAUGAGGAUUCAAUCGGCUUUGCAGACCUUCAAUGCCAAAUUGCCAAACACAGUGGAUUACGACACAACCAAAUUAUGUAGUUAACCAUAAGUGUGAAGCACAACAGAAAACAAACAAAUCAUGGAGGCGUUUUUACAGUGCUUUUGUGGAACAGUUUAUGUCUGGAAGAGUAAAUUUAAAUUGUCUUUUCAAUAUCUGUCUUAUAUCAGUCAAUAACGUUGGAUGGCAAUUUACACCCAUGAACUUGCUGACAAAUGAAUAUAUUAUAUCUGCAAUUUUUUUUGGCUUUGUUUUAUGAAUGAAAAUAAAUACUGACACCUGUCUAGAAGACAUUCUACUUUUUACAAUAAAUUUCAUUUGUAAUUUUAUAUGUUCCGUGGCAAUGCUUUUGUGCAUUACAUCCUCUAGAGGGAACAUAAAAGGAUACCAAUAAAAUUUUGUAGCUGAACAGUUAUUAAAAA